AAGGCACAAAAGCAAAAACACCUUGGAGCUUGGAUAUAGCAUUAUUACGCAAUUAACUACCCCUUGCAUUGUUUUUGACUGGGCAACCACAGGGAGGUUCUAUUACUUGCCAAAUCCACCUUCUCUCUCGCGCCCAAAUCGCCUCCUCUUUCGUCUUCUCCGAUUCUCUCUUUCGCUUUCGGAAAUCGGAUUUUCAAUCGUCGUCGUUUUCCAUUUUCCUUUUCUUUUAAUUAAAUUAUUUAUCCAAUUAGCCAAGGAUUCCAAGUCGAAUCAGACGGAUCCAUUCUCCAAAGGUACUGGGUAUGUAAAUAGUUUGGAUGAGUGUUUGUUAGGUCUUUGUGAUGGAAGACGAUGAAGAAAAGAAGGAGACCAGAGCUUCUUGGAAGGUUACGGACAUGCCUGAGGUAGUUAGUGCUGUAGCAGUUAGUUUAGGAACAUCUUAUCCAAAAAAUGAAAAUUUUACUGGUGGCAGUGACAUGCAGAUAGGACAGGACAAUGUAGUUUCCCAGGGGGUUGAUUCUGUAGCUACAGUUAUGGAUGGAGAGCAGUUUGAACAGGUAAGUUUGAAAGAUCAAGAUAAAGCUGCUAGCGAGGUACAAUCUUUGCAUUUGGAUUCAAACCACUUAUCAAAUUCAGAGAAUGAGAUGCAAUCAUCUGAUGGAUUUGAUGAAGCCUCUCAGAAUUUAUCCAGGAGUUUUGGUACUGAGCAUUAUUCUCCUCCAAUGACUGACAUUCGGCAUGAUCGUUCAGUAUCAAGCCCUGGCCCUGAGAGACAAUUUGGUUCUACAAUGAAGCAAUCAUAUUCAUCUGCCAGUCUUGAUUCUGCUUACUUUGGAGACAUUGGAUUCCCUCCAGUUGGUUCACCACACAGGUCUAAGCCAAAAGCUGUAAUGCCAAAUGUGUCUCCAGAGUUACUGCAUUUAGUAGAUUCUGCUAUCAUGGGAAAGCCUGAAAGCUUGGACAAGCUAAGGAACAUUGUCUGCGGGGUUGAGACUUUUGGCAUUGGAGAGGAAGCGGACACCAUUGCCUUCUUGGUUGUUGAUUCACUGCUGGCCACAAUGGGUGGAGUUGAAAGUUUUGAGGAUGAAGAUAAUAAUCCUCCCAGUGUGAUGCUGAACUCUCGGGCUGCUAUUGUCUCUGGUGAGCUUAUUCCCUGGUUUCCUUGGGUGGGUGAUAGUGAGAUUUACAUGUCCCCAAGGACACGGAUGGUAAGAGGGUUACGUGCUAUAUUGCAGGCUUGUACAAGAAAUAGAGCUAUGUGCUCUAUGGCUGGUCUGUUGGGAGUUCUUUUGGGGACAGCAGAGAAGAUUUUUGUUGAGGAUCUUGAUUCGAUGGCACCUGCAAGAUGGGAUGGUACUCCUUUAUGUCACUGUAUCCAAUACUUGGCUGGGCAUUCGCUAAAUGUUUUUGAUUUGCAUAAAUGGUUUCAAGUCAUUACAAGACUGCUUACUUCUGCAUGGGCACCUCGCUUAAUGCAUGCCCUGGAGAAGGCAAUGGGUGGAAAGGAGUCGAAGGGACCAGGAUGUACUUUUGAGUUUGAUGGUGAAAGUUCUGGUUUGCUUGGUCCCGGGGAAAGCCGAUGGCCAUUUACCAACGGUUAUGCGUUCGCAACAUGGAUCUAUAUUGAAUCGUUUGCAGACACAUUGAACACGGCUACUGCUGCUGCUGCAAUUGCUGCUGCUGCUGCAGCAAAGUCGGGAAAAUCGUCUGCUAUGUCAGCUGCGGCUGCUGCCAGUGCACUUGCUGGUGAAGGCACAGCCCACAUGCCACGACUUUUUAGUUUCUUAUCUGCAGAUAAUCAGGGAGUAGAGGCAUAUUUCCAUGCUCAAUUUUUGGUUGUUGAAAGUGCUAGUGGAAAGGGAAAGAAGGCUUCCUUGCAUUUUACUCAUGCAUUCAAGCCUCAGUGCUGGUAUUUUAUUGGUUUGGAGCAUAUCUGCAAGCAGGGACUACUUGGGAAAGCUGAGAGUGAACUGAGAUUGUAUAUAGAUGGAUCGUUGUAUGAAAGUCGACCUUUUGAGUUCCCUAGGAUCUCCAAGCCACUUGCCUUUUGCUGUAUUGGGACAAACCCUCCUCCUACGAUGGCUGGUCUACAACGUAGACGUCGUCAGUGCCCUCUGUUUGCUGAGAUGGGUCCUAUUUAUAUCUUCAAGGAGCCAAUUGGCCCAGAAAGGAUGUCCCGUUUAGCUUCUAGAGGAGGGGAUGUGCUACCCACUUUUGGUAAUGGUGCAGGACUUCCUUGGCUAUCAACAAAUGACUAUGUUAGAAGUGUGGCAGAGGAAAGUUCACUUUUGGAUGCAGAUAUUGGAGGCUGCAUUCACCUUCUCUAUCACCCUAGUCUCCUUAGUGGGCGAUUCUGUCCAGAUGCUUCCCCUUCAGGUGCUGCAGGCAUGGUGCGGCGACCAGCUGAGGUUCUUGGACAAGUUCAUGUUGCAACACGAAUGCGACCAGUAGAGGCUUUGUGGGCCUUGGCCUAUGGAGGUCCUUUGUCUUUACUUCCUCUAGCAAUAAGUAAUGUUCAUAAAGGUAGUCUGGAACCAGAGCAAGGAAGUCUUCCUUUGUCCUUAGCUACUGCUACACUGGCUGCCCCAGUAUUCCGAAUUAUUUCCAUAGCUAUUCAUCACCCUGGAAACAAUGAAGAGUUAUGUCGAACUAGAGGACCUGAGAUUCUCUCAAAAAUCUUGAACUAUCUUCUCCGAACUUUGUCUUCAUUUGAUACUGGAAAGCACAAUGGUGUAGGAGAUGAGGAACUUGUUGCAGCUGUUGUCUCCUUAUGCCAAUCCCAGAAGCAUAAUCAUGCACUCAAAGUGCAGCUUUUUAGUACACUGUUAUUGGAUCUCAAAAUUUGGAGCUUAUGCAACUAUGGACUGCAAAAAAAACUUCUAUCAUCAUUAGCAGACAUGGUUUUUUGUGAGUCGUUGGUAAUGCGGGAUGCGAAUGCUAUUCAGAUGCUUCUGGAUAGCUGCAGAAGAUGCUAUUGGACAAUUCGUGAGAAGGACUCUGUGAACACUUUUUCACUAGAUGAGGCAACACGUCCUAUGGGUGAAUUGAAUGCUUUGGUUGAUGAACUGUUGGUGAUCAUUGAACUUCUAAUAGGAGCAGCACCACCUUCCAUGGCUGCAGAUGAUCUCCGCUGUCUACUUGGCUUCAUAGUUGAUUGUCCUCAACCCAAUCAGGUUGCCAGAGUGUUGCAUCUGAUAUAUAGACUCAUAGUACAGCCAAAUACAGCUAGGGCCCAGACGUUUGCAGAGGCAUUCAUAAAAUGUGGUGGGAUAGAAACACUUCUUGUUCUGUUGCAACGGGAAGCUAAAACUGGUGAUCAUAGUAUUCCAGAAUCAGAGUCAAAGAGUGAUAAUAGCUUAUCUGUUGAGGAAUGUGAGCUAGAUGGAGGCAAUGAGAGUCCAGAAAAACAUCAAAAUAAUGAAGCAAAGAAUUUUACUUCACACGUGAAAGAUUGUGAAUCUGAACCAUCUGAUUGUGGUGGUAGCCCUGACGCUUCUUCUGCUAUCACAAGAAUUGAAAGGGCGUCAUCUGUUUCUGAAAAUCCUUCCCUUAGGAAUUUGGGUGGUAUCAGUCUUUCAAUUAGUGCUGAUAAUGCACGAAAUAAUGUUUACAAUGUUGACAAAAGUGAUGGUAUUAUUGUUGCAAUCAUUGGGUUACUGGGUGCUCUGGUGACAUCUGGGCAUGUAAAAUGCAGUUCAUGUGCACCCACAGAUACCACAAGCAGCUUUUUGGGUGCUGGAUUGCAAGAAGGAGGUGGCUCAAUGUUUGAUGAUAAAAUUUCUCUUCUACUUUUUGCAUUACAGAAGGCUUUCCAAGCAGCUCCAAAUAGGCUUAUGACGACAACCGUUUACACAGCUUUACUGGCGGCCUCGAUCAAUGCUUCUUCAGCAGAGGAUGGCUUGAACUUUUACGACUCUGGUCACCGCUUUGAGCAUUCACAACUUCUGUUGGUUCUUUUGCGCUCACUGCCUUAUGCUUCUAGGGCUUUGCAAAGUCGAGCAUUACAGGAUCUUCUGUUUUUGGCUUGCAGUCAUCCAGAAAACAGAAACAAUUUGACGAAAAUGGAGGAAUGGCCUGAGUGGAUUCUGGAGAUUCUAAUCUCUAAUUAUGAGAUGGGUGCAUUGAAAAAUUCUAACACGGCAAGCUUAGGGGACAUUGAGGACCUCGUACACAACUUCUUGAUUAUAAUGCUAGAGCACUCAAUGCGACAGAAGGAUGGUUGGAAGGAUAUUGAAGCCACGAUUCAUUGUGCAGAAUGGCUUUCUAUUGUGGGGGGAUCUAGCACGGGUGACCAACGAGUUAGACGUGAAGAAUCACUACCUAUAUUUAAAAGAAGGCUUUUGGGUGGCUUAUUGGAUUUUGCUGCAAGAGAGCUGCAGGUUCAGACUCAAGUUAUUGCGGCAGCUGCUGCUGGUGUUGCGGCUGAGGGUUUAUCACCAAGAGAGUCUAAGGCUGAAGCAGAGAAUGCUGCUCAGCUUUCCGUGGCAUUGGUUGAAAAUGCUAUUGUCAUUUUAAUGCUUGUUGAAGAUCAUUUACGGUUACAAAGCAAGCUCUCUUGUGCGUCACAUGUUGUUGAUGCUUCUCCAUCUCCCCUAUCUCUUGUGUCCAACCUGAAUAACCGUUCAAAUUCAUUGACAUCCACUGGUCGGAAUUCAUUGGAAAGUCUUGGUGAUCGCAGAUCAAGUGAAUCUGGGGGACUGCCCCUUGAUGUACUUGCUUCAAUGGCUGAUGCAAAUGGGCAAAUUUCAGCUGCUGUGAUGGAGCGUCUCACUGCAGCAGCAGCGGCUGAGCCUUAUGAGUCUGUUUCUUGUGCUUUUGUGUCAUAUGGGAGCAUUGCAAUGGAUUUAUCUGAGGGUUGGAAAUAUAGGAGCAGAUUGUGGUAUGGUGUUGGCCUUUCUGCAAAAACAGCUGUCUUUGGCGGUGGAGGCAGUGGCUUGGAAUCUUGGAGGUCUGCUUUGGAAAAAGAUGCAAAUGGAAACUGGAUUGAACUUCCUUUGGUGAAGAAGUCAGUUACCAUGCUUGAAGCUUUAUUAUUAGAUGAGUCUGGACUUGGUGGUGGUCUUGGUAUAGGUGGGGGAUCAGGAACUGGCAUGGGAGGAAUGGCAUUACUGUACCAGUUAUUGGACAGUGAUCAACCAUUCUUAUGUAUGCUCCGGAUGGUGCUUCUAUCAAUGAGGGAGGAAGACAAUGGGGAAACCAGUAUGCUCAUGAGAAAUGUAAGCAUAGAGGAUAGGAUGCCUGAAGGAACUUUGCCGACAGAAAAUAAUGCUCGAAUUUUGAUGAGACAACCACGGUCAGCCUUGUUGUGGAGUGUACUUUCACCCAUUCUAAAUAUGCCCAUUUCUGAUUCAAAGCGACAGAGAGUUUUGGUUGCAUCUUGUGUUCUCUUUUCAGAGGUAUGGCAUGCAGUUGGCAGAGACAGAAAACCUUUACGUAAACAGUACCUUGAGGCUAUUUUACCACCAUUUGUUGCUGUGCUGCGGAGGUGGCGGCCAAUUUUGGCUGGAAUUCAUGAGCUUGCUACUGCUGACGGCUUAAAUCCUCUUACUGUUGAUGAUCGUGCAUUAGCUGCUGAUGCACUCCCUAUAGAGGCUGCUCUCUGCAUGAUCUCUCCAGCUUGGGCUGCUGCAUUUGCAUCACCACCAGCAGCUAUGGCGUUGGCAAUGAUUGCUGCUGGUGCUGCAGGUGCUGAAACACCAGCUCCUCCAGCUACCUCACAUCUUAAGCGUGAGACUUCCUUGCUAGAGCGAAAAUCUGUUAGAUUGCAUACCUUUUCAAGCUUUCAAAAAUCUUCGGAGGCAACUAACAAAACACCAGCUGCUCCAAAGGAUAAGGCUGCAGCAAAAGCGGCUGCUUUGGCAGCAGCAAGGGAUCUUGAACGUAAUGCUAAAAUUGGCUCUGGAAGGGGCCUUAGUGCAGUUGCGAUGGCCACAUCUGUGCAACGAAGAAAUGCUGGUGAUAUGGAGCGUGUGAAGAGAUGGAAUACUACUGAAGCCAUGGGAGUUGCUUGGUUGGAAUGUAUGCAACCAGUUGAUACAAGAUCAGUCUAUGGGAAAGAUUUCAAUGCUCUAUCUUAUAAAUAUAUUGCAGUCCUUGUUGCAAGUUUUGCUUUAGCUAGAAACAUGCAGCGAUCAGAGGUUGACAGGCGUGCUCAAGUUGAUGUAACAGCUCGCCAUUAUUUAUCUGCUGGAAUUCGUGCGUGGCGCAAACUUCUCCAUUACUUGAUAGAGAUGAAGAGCCUUUUUGGACCACUUGGGGACCACUUGUGUAGUAAUGAACGUAUCUUCUGGAAGCUAGACUUCAUGGAAAGUUCUUCGAGAAUGAGAAGAUGUUUGAGAAGGGAUUAUGCAGGGUCUGAUCAUUGUGGUGCUGCUGCUAACUAUGAGGAUCAAAUUGAGACGAAACAUGAUCAAGGGGUUGUUCCAGUUCUGGCAGCAGAAGCAAUCUCGAUGGAGGGAAUAAAUGAGGAUGAUGAACAUGCGGAAAAUGAUAUUUUAGAUGGUAGAGCCUAUGACAUAGAACAGAAUGGAGAAAGUCAGCCAAGACCAUCAGGAACAGCUGAUGAGAAUCUACAGCCAUCUGCAGGAUCAAGUGAUGCUCAAGUUGCUGGUGACCAAGGCUUAGAAGAUAUAUCAGUAGUUGCACCGGGAUAUGUUCCCAGUGAACAUGAUGAAAGAAUUGUUCUCGAGCUUCCUUCAUCUAUGGUCCGGCCUUUAAGGGUUAUACGUGGAACCUUUCAAGUAACUACUAGGAGAAUAAAUUUUAUAGUUGAUGCCACUGAAAUCAGUACCAUGGACGGAAUGGAAUCUUCUGAAUCAAGAGAACAUGAAAAAGACCGCAGCUGGUUGAUGUCGUCCCUCCAUCAGAUUUAUAGCCGAAGAUAUCUUCUUAGAAGAAGCGCUCUGGAACUUUUUAUGGUUGAUCGGUCAAACUUCUUCUUUGAUUUUGGGAGUACAGAGGGGCGAAGAAAUGCUUAUCGAGCUAUUGUUCAAUUACGUCCUCCUUAUUUGAACAAUAUUUAUCUAGCAACUCAGAGACCUGAACAACUUCUGCAAAGAACUCAACUUAUGGAGCGCUGGGCGAGGUGGGAGAUCAGCAAUUUUGAGUAUCUGAUGCAGCUGAAUACUCUGGCUGGGCGUAGUUAUAAUGACAUAACUCAGUAUCCAGUUUUUCCUUGGAUUCUUUCUGAUUACAGUUCCAAGAGUUUGGACCUUUCGAAUCCUGCUUCUUACCGAGAUCUUUCAAAGCCUGUUGGCGCGUUGAAUCCUGAUCGACUAAAAAAAUUUCAAGAGAGGUAUUCUAGCUUCGAUGAUCCAGUCAUCCCAAAGUUUCAUUACGGUUCUCAUUACUCAAGUGCUGGGACAGUGUUAUAUUAUCUUGUUAGAGUUGAACCGUUUACGACUCUUUCAAUCCAACUGCAAGGUGGCAAAUUUGAUCAUGCAGAUAGGAUGUUUUCAGAUGUUACUGCUACAUGGAAUGGAGUUCUUGAGGACAUGAGUGAUGUGAAGGAAUUGGUUCCCGAGUUAUUUUAUCUCCCAGAGAUCUUAACCAAUGAAAAUUCAGUUGACUUUGGUACAACACAGUUAGGAGGAAAACUAGAUACUGUGAAACUUCCUCCUUGGGCUGAAAACCCUGUCGAUUUCAUUCAUAAGCAUCGGAUGGCUCUCGAGAGUGAGCAUGUAUCUGCACAUUUACAUGAGUGGAUUGAUCUUAUCUUUGGAUAUAAGCAACGUGGUAAAGAAGCUAUUCAGGCAAAUAAUGUUUUCUUUUACAUUACCUAUGAAGGCUCAGUAGAUAUUGAUAAGAUUUCAGAUCCAGUACAACAGCGAGCUACACAAGACCAGAUUGCUUACUUUGGACAAACCCCAUCCCAACUUCUAACUGUUCCUCACUUGAAGAAGAUGCCAUUAGGAGACGUUCUUCAUCUGCAGUCUAUCUUUCGGAACCCAAAAGAAGUCAAACAAUAUACUGUUCCAGCUCCUGAACGGUGCAAUCUACCUGCUGCCGCCAUUCGAGCAUCUUCGGAUGCAGUUAUAAUUGCUGAUAUAAAUGCUCCGGCAGCACGUCUUGCACAGCACAAGUGGCAACCCAACACCCCUGAUGGCCAGGGUUCACCUUUUCUCUUUCAGCAUGGAAAAGCUGCAGCAAAUUCUGCCAGUGGAACAUUCAUGCGGAUGUUCAAAGGACCAGCUGUUUCAGGUACUGAUGAGUGGAAUUUCCCUCAGGCACUAGCAUAUGCUGCAUCUGGAGUCAGAAGUACAGCUGUGGUGUCCAUCACAUGUGAUAAAGAAAUUAUCACUGGUGGGCAUGUGGAUAAUAGUAUCAAGGUACUGUCAUCAGAUGGAGCAAAGACCUUGGAAACAGCCACUGGGCACUGUGCUCCUGUCACUUGCCUUGCUCUUUCCCCAGAUAGCAACUAUCUUGCCACAGGAUCUCAAGACACUACUGUAUUACUCUGGAAGAUACAUAGUGCUUUCACUUCACACUCAAGCAGCAGACCAGAGCUUUCCAUAGGCACAAACACACAUGCUACAACCAGUAGUACUGUAGCAAACACUUUGGCAGACAAUAGCAGGAGGCAUCGUAUUGAGGGUCCAUUACAUGUCCUCCGGGGUCAUCAUAGAGAAAUACUAUGUUGUUGCGUCAGUUCAGAUCUUGGAAUUGUUGUUUCUAGCUCCCUUUCAUCUGAUGUAUUAUUGCAUUCUGUAAGAAGGGGUCGCUUGAUCAGAAGGCUGGUUGGGGUUGAGGCCCAUGCUGUUUGCCUUUCAUCUGAAGGGGUAAUAUUGACUUGGAACAAAUCUCAACAUACACUAAGUACCUUCACUGUCAAUGGGUUACCAAUUACUAGAGCCCAACUUCCUUUCUCUGGUACCAUCAGUUGCAUGGAAAUGUCUGUUGAUGGGAGGAAUGCAUUGAUUGGAAUUAACUCAUGUUUAGAAAAUGAUGGAACCUGUAAUAAUAAUUGGGACUUAAGUUCAAGGAAAUCAGGAGCUGAAGAUCUUAACAAUGAAUUGGAUAGCAGAUUGGAUGUACCUAGCCCCUCAAUUUGUUUCCUGGAUCUGCAUACGUUGAAGGUGUUUCACGUAUUGAGACUCGCACAAGGCCAGGAUAUUACAGCUCUGGCUUUGAACAUCGAUAACACAAAUCUUUUGGUGUCGACUGCAGAUAAACAGUUGAUAAUCUUCACUGAUCCAGCUUUGAGCUUGAAAGUAGUUGAUCAGAUGCUCAAGCUUGGUUGGGAAGGAGAAGGGCUGAGCCCCCUUAUAAAGUAAUAGAUUUAGGCCACUGAGUUUUGAAUAGUUGAAGAAGGAUUACAGAAGAUACGCAAUACUACUAGGAUACUACUAGAAUGUAUACAAUGGAAGGGGUUGCUCGGGUUGCUUAAAUGCAGAUUCGAAAUCAAUUGCUGAACUUGCACUGCGCAGCGGUUCUAUUUUGGGUGUAACAUAUGUAUUUUGACAGGCAGAAGAAUCCCUGGAUGUUCAUGAGUGCCUUGUUCCGCAGGGUAGUUUUACGUUUUCUUUUUUUCGCUUAUUCAAUUUUGAGUUUAGGUUUUCUCCAAUUCAGAGUGAUGAUGCAAGUCUCUGUAGCUUGUGCUGUCCAUUUUUGGCCAUAAUUUCUUUUUCUUUUUUGUCUUUUGAUGUAGAGAAUGAGAAUACAAGGGUUUUCAAUCUUGUAUCAUCUGUACAUAUAGUUUAUUCCUUGGUAUAAAUCCAUGUAAAAUCAAUUGUCUCUUGUCAAAACUGAAUAUUUUUUAAUUAGAAACAGUAAUGCUAAUUCAUCUAGGUUUAAGCAUUUUUUUCA